GGAGCCCGGCCCGAGUUGGCGGGAGCCCUUGCCGUGACGAGCAUUUUCUUAAGAAAGCUCUGCUGUGGAGACCGUCUAAAGCCGGGAGUUGAAGGGGCGGGCUGGGGGGCACGAACCUCCUGGGGAAUAACCCCUCCGAGGAGAGCAAGGUCGGAGACAGCCGCCGGCUCCCCCGCGCCCGUUUCUUCAGGAGCCUGAGAGGUCCUUCCCUUUGGGAGGGCCGGGGGAGGAGACCCAGCCCACUCCCGGGCCGUAGCUGGGAAGGCAGGAGAGACCAGCCAGCAUCUCCGGCGUGGUGGCCACACUGGGGAGACCGGUGGAUGGCCAUCCCCACCCUACUCCUGUCCACGGAAACCCGGAGGGAGAGUCCCGCGCGGAGAAGCCUGGAUUUUGCUGGAAAGAGAGAGAUCCAGUUGUCUUCGGUAUCCAAGGAGCCCUCCUCUUCCUCCUCCUUCUCCUGCCGCCUCUCUACCACGGCAGUUGCUGGUUGUUGCUUAGGUUGCCUCCAUGGUAACGUGCACAUCCUGUUUACCCCUCCAUCUGGGCAAGUUGAUCUCAUAAGGAACCUACCUACCGUGGACAACCGCUGCCAUCACCACCUGGGGACACCACUCAUUGUGACACGUGGUCCGGCUUCCAUUUAGUUCCCCCAUCCUCUUCCUCCUCUCGCUGCCAAGCUUUUCACACACACCAAAAGGAUCUGGGCUGGAGGCUGCUACUCUGAAGCUUAUUGCACGAGAUAUAGUCGAUCUAUUUCCCAGCCGAGCUCCCAGAGAAGCAAGAAGUAGGAAGAAGUGAGGCGGAGAGUCAAGAGACCCCGACCAGUGGAAGGCAGACCUCACAUUUUCUCUGGUCGAGGGGCUUGGUAACAGCAGGCAAAAUGACGAACCCAUCAGGACACGCCUUGCCAGCCAACUCGAUAGCUGAGAGCCGUGACGGGGAUUUUGGCUGCACAGUAAUGGACCUGAGGAGGCUCAUGGAGCUGCGGUCAACUGAUGCAAUAAACCACAUCAGUGCCCACUACGGAGGUGUGAUGGAUCUCUGCGCCGAACUGAAAACCAACCCCGUGGAAGGUCUAUCUGGGAACCCUACAGACCUAGAAAAACGUAAACAAGUGUUCGGGCAGAACUUUAUCCCCCCCAAAAAGCCCAAGACCUUCUUACAACUAGUGUGGGAAGCCCUUCAAGACGUCACACUCAUCAUCCUGGAGAUCGCGGCCAUCAUCUCCCUGGUCCUGUCCUUCUACCGCCCCCCUGGGGAAGAGAACGAGCAGUGUGGUCUAGCCGUAAGUAGCUCAGAAGACGAAGGGGAGGCGGAAGCUGGCUGGAUUGAGGGGGCAGCCAUCCUGUUCUCUGUGAUCAUCGUGGUGCUAGUGACUGCCUUCAAUGAUUGGAGCAAAGAGAAGCAGUUCCGCGGGCUGCAGAACCGCAUCGAAAAGGAGCAGAAAUUCUCCAUUAUCCGAAAUGGUCACAUCAUCCAGCUCCCGGUGGCUGAGAUCGUGGUGGGUGACAUUGCCCAAAUCAAAUACGGCGACCUGCUGCCUGCAGACGGGAUCCUGAUCCAGGGUAAUGAUCUCAAGAUUGACGAGAGCUCUCUGACCGGGGAAUCGGAGCAUGUCAAGAAGUCCCUGGAAGGAGACCCCAUGUUGCUCUCAGGGACCCAUGUCAUGGAGGGUUCUGGCCGGAUGGUAGUGACUGCUGUGGGUGUCAAUUCCCAGACUGGAAUCAUCUUUACCCUCUUGGGGGCCAGUGAGGGAGAAGAGGAGAAGAAGAAAAAAGGUAAAAAACAAGGAGUCCCUGAAAAUCGCAACAAAGCAAAGACUCAGGAUGGGGUGGCCUUGGAAAUCCAACCACUCAACAGCCAAGAGGGGAUCGACAAUGAGGAAAAGGAGAAAAAGGCAGCCAAGCUGCCCAAAAAGGAGAAGUCGGUGCUGCAGGGCAAGCUGACGCACUUGGCUGUUCAGAUUGGGAAAGCUGGUCUGAUCAUGUCUGCAAUCACAGUGAUCAUCCUGAUUCUGUACUUUGUGAUCGACAACUUUGUGAUACAUCGCAGACCGUGGCUAGCUGAGUGUACCGCCAUCUACGUCCAGUAUUUCGUCAAGUUCUUCAUCAUUGGCAUCACUGUGCUGGUGGUGGCUGUGCCGGAGGGGCUGCCUCUGGCCGUCACCAUUUCACUGGCUUACUCUGUGAAGAAAAUGAUGAAAGACAAUAACCUGGUGCGGCACUUGGAUGCUUGUGAGACCAUGGGCAACGCCACGGCCAUUUGCUCUGACAAGACAGGCACGCUGACCAUGAACCGCAUGACUGUGGUGCAGGCUUAUAUCGGAGAUACCCGUUACCAUCAGGUCCCAAGCCCCGAUGUCCUCGUGCCCAAGGUGCUGGACCUCAUUGUCAAUGGCAUUUCUAUCAACAGUGCCUAUACCUCCAAGAUUCUGCCUCCGGAGAAGGAGGGGGGCCUGCCGCGGCAGGUGGGCAACAAAACGGAGUGUGCGCUGCUGGGCUUUGUCACGGACCUGAAGCAGGACUACCACGCGGUGCGCAGUGAGGUGCCCGAGGAGAAGCUGUACAAGGUGUACACCUUCAACUCGGUGCGCAAGUCCAUGAGCACCGUCAUCCAGAAGCCUGGCGGCGGCUUCCGCAUGUACAGCAAGGGCGCAUCUGAGAUCAUCUUGCGCAAGUGUAACCGCAUCCUGGACAAGAAAGGGGAAGCAGUGCCGUUCAAGAGUAAGGACCGAGAUGAGAUGAUACGCGCUGUCAUUGAGCCCAUGGCCUCCGAGGGACUCCGGACGAUCUGCAUAGCUUACCGGGAUUUCAGCGUAGAGCCCCUGUGGGACAACGAGGCCGAAAUCCUCACUGAGCUGACCUGUAUCGCAGUGGUGGGCAUUGAGGACCCCGUGCGCCCGGAGGUACCAGAAGCAAUUGCCAAAUGCAAACGGGCAGGCAUCACUGUCAGAAUGGUGACGGGUGACAAUAUCAACACGGCCCGGGCCAUCGCCACCAAAUGUGGCAUUCUGACACCUGGGGACGACUUACUGUGCUUAGAAGGCAAAGAAUUCAAUCGACUCAUCCGCAAUGAGAAGGGCGAGGUAGAGCAAGAAGAGCUGGACAAAAUCUGGCCGAGACUCCGAGUCCUGGCGCGAUCUUCCCCCACUGACAAGCAUACCCUGGUGAAAGGCAUCAUUGACAGCACUGUUGGGGAGCAGCGACAGGUGGUGGCUGUCACUGGUGAUGGCACGAAUGAUGGGCCAGCUCUGAAGAAAGCAGAUGUUGGCUUUGCCAUGGGCAUCGCAGGCACGGAUGUGGCAAAGGAGGCAUCAGACAUCAUCCUAACAGACGACAACUUCACCAGCAUCGUGAAGGCCGUGAUGUGGGGGCGGAACGUCUACGACAGCAUCUCCAAGUUCCUGCAGUUCCAGCUGACUGUCAACGUGGUGGCCGUGAUCGUGGCCUUCACUGGGGCCUGUAUCACUCAGGACUCCCCCUUGAAAGCCGUGCAGAUGCUGUGGGUUAAUCUCAUCAUGGACACUUUCGCCUCGUUGGCCCUGGCCACCGAGCCCCCUACGGAUUCUCUGCUGAAGCGUCGCCCCUACGGCCGGAACAAGCCUCUGAUCUCGCGCACUAUGAUGAAGAACAUUUUGGGCCACGCAGUCUAUCAGCUCACUGUCAUCUUCUUCCUCGUCUUUGCUGGUGAGAAGUUUUUUGACAUCGAUAGUGGGAGGUUGGCACCCCUCCAUUCACCUCCCAGCCAGCACUAUACCAUCGUCUUCAACACCUUCGUGCUGAUGCAACUCUUCAAUGAAAUCAACUCCCGCAAGAUCCACGGAGAGAGGAAUGUCUUUUCAGGCAUCUUCCACAACCUCAUCUUCUGCUCUGUUGUCUUGGGCACAUUUGUCAGCCAGAUUCUCAUUGUGGAAUUCGGGGGGAAGCCCUUCAGCUGUACGAAGCUCACCCUGUCCCAGUGGCUCUGGUGUCUCUUCAUCGGCAUCGGAGAGCUGCUGUGGGCCCAGAUCAUCUCCACGAUACCUACCCAAUCCCUGAAGUUCCUGAAGGAAGCUGGGCAUGGCACCACCAAAGAGGAGAUCACCAAGGAUGCUGAGGGGCUGGAUGAGAUUGACCACGCGGAGAUGGAGCUACGCCGAGGCCAGAUCCUCUGGUUCCGGGGCCUGAACCGCAUCCAGACUCAGAUCGACGUAAUUAACAGAUUCCAGAUGGGAGCCUCUUUUCAGGGAGUCCCAAAGUGCCAGACCAUGAGUCAACACCUUGGUAUCAAAGUGGUCAAAGCGUUCCAUAGUUCCCUCCACGAAAGCAUUCAGAAACCCAUGAACCAGAACUCCAUCCACAACUUCAUGACCCACCCUGAAUUCACCAUAGAUGAGGAGGGGCCACGGACACCACUCAUGGAUGAGCAAGAAGAGGAAGGUCUUGAGAAGUUUUCUAAGCCUGGGACUAGCAUGGCCCCGUUGGAUGGUGAGGUCACUCCAUAUGCCAACAGAAACAACAACGCGGUGGACUGCAGCCAAGUGCAGGUUGCUGCCUCCCACUCGGACAGCCCUCUGCACAGCCUGGAGACGUCAGUUUGAACUGGGUUCUCUGACUCCCGUUCCUGCUCACCCUGUUGCCCUUUGUAUCUCUCCCUUCAGUACGGUGAGAAUGGGACUUCUCACUGUCAUGUCAGCUGCUCCCAAGCGUGUCUGAACCCCCACCUGACCGUGAGGAGGGAAGAGCACAGACCUACAAGGAUUUUGACUUAAACUUGAGUUGGGGUUUGUACCAGGACCCUGUUCGACCCCAAGUAGGUAACGAAUGGUAGAACCGACUCUAGGUCUAUCAGUUGUCACUUUUGAAGAAGUGGUGACAAUUGUCUUGGCAUCUACCUCAGCCCAGAUGCUCCCCAGUAUUCACAUCUAUGUCACCAGUCUCCUGACGUCUGGGUUUUUGACCCUAUGCGUCUGCGCCAUUUACAAGCUCAUUUAAGGGUUCAGAGCCACAAACAUCCUCACAUGAAAUGUGUUCAGGUAGGAAUGGAAGGUGUAGAUGCAGCUGAGGGAGUGAUUGUUUUAAAACAAUUUUUCCAUUUUGAAAACUUACACCUAGAGUGCUUCACCUUUCCUGCCCUUCCAGCCCGACCUCCCCGCAGCCUCUCGGUCUCUUGUGACCAUUGUUUUCCUUGGCUUCCUUCUUUUUUUUUUUUUUUUUUUUAAAGUUGUAAUGAUUCAGAAAAUGGAAAGGGCGUGGAUGAAUGGAGUAGACUUUAACCAUCCUCCCUUAUGGCCCCAGUGGAACCCUUGAUUUAGUGCUAGAGGCAAAUAGGUUUCUUUGCUAACAGGGUCUUUGGAAGCAAUUGAGAGCUGGUAAGAAUGUGUUCCUGCUGUUGCCAGGUUAUCUACUUUUAAAACAUUUUGAUUUUGAAAAUAUGCAUCCAAAGUGGGAAGCUCCAGUGACACUUUGCUGACUUAAAGGAGCAAAGGACCCACCCUGAGAAGCCCCUCUCCUCCCUCCCUCCCUCAGUGGGGUGAGGUGGAGCCACGUCUGCAGGACCUCUAAUGUUCCUCCUUGCUGAUGGUGAUGUGCGCUCUCCUGUGCAGGGGUCAACUCAUGUCUGCCAAUUCCUGUCUCCUACGAGAUAAGUGAAGCCUGCCCUGCUCUUCCUUGAGUGGUGGGAGUAGGGAGAAGGGGCUCGAGGCUCUUACGAACUGCCAUGUUUCCAUCUGGGAGAGUCAGGUGCCCGAAACCUAUCCUCUCCAGCCUUUUCUUCCUCCUCCCUCACCCUUUUCAUCUGAGCUGUCCUAGGAUGGAAGAAUUAAAGGAGCAGUCCCCCCGACACAUCCCAUUACUACACAAUCCACCAGAUUUGAUUUGGGUUGUAAAGGUUCCAUGCUUCAGUGAUCUUUUCUCUGUCUUAAAUGCUCAUGGGGGAAAAGACAGCUCAACCCAAGCUGUUAGGUGUUCACAUAUAUAUUUAUUAAUUACAUUGGAAGAUUUAGUUCUGUCGAGUCUUGUAUUACCUCAGAUCAGUUUUUAGAAUAAACUCUGGAGGCUGUUUUUUCAUUCCUGCUCCCAAAAGACUCUCAUGGUGCCUGUUUAAAGUCAAUGGUUAUGUGUGUGUAUUCUAGUUUCCAUAGUAAGAGAGAAAACAGAAAUAUGCAAAAAAUAGUUUUCUUUAGAUCAGAAACUGAUAUUUUUUGAGUUAGCCAUAUGUGUUUUGUUUAAAGGAAUUAAAAUAAAGUGCUGUCGUGUAAGCCUGGGGAGGGGCGCACAUAACCAGCUGUUAGACAUGACAGGUUUUGUCAUUUUGUCAUUGGUUUUAAAACCAAUGCACCAUAUUCCUUUUCUCCAAACAGCCAUCUUUAUACUGAAGGGGAAAAAAAAAUUCGUUGGGUUCUAGAAUUUUUUAAUAUAAAUUUUGUUGACAUGGAAUUAAGUUGAAGUGUUUAUGUGCAUGUUUUUUUAUGUAAGUUUUUUUUUUUUCUAUUUAGUUUCAGUGAUCCAGCUGACAGUAAAUAAAUAUGGAAGAAGUUAAUAAAGCUUCCCCCCAAAAUGGUGCUUUGGAUCUGAAAAGAGUCUGAUGGGGAAAAGGGAAAAAUAUUAUCCUAGAGUCUUCUCUUGAAAAACCUAGAAAAAUGGGCAGUAGAUCACUGCUGGGAAGGAAUGCAUCCAGGAAGAAGGGACAGCCGGCAGGAAGCGAGUGUGCACCCCCAUGGAGAUGGGUACCAGGCACUAGUGAUCAGGACCAGGGACCUCGGUUAGACUUGCAGUUUGUGAACAGCUGUCAGAGUGGUACCCACGACACCGGCUGCCAGGAUGCUCUGAUUGGGGGUUUGCAUUUUUUAUGGUUCUUUUACCUCCUGUUGCCCCUGGAUUUUUCCAUUAGUGAUUUUUUUUUUUUUUUUUUUUGGCAAGGAUCUGAUUUGAGAUUUCUUCCCCUCCCCUAGAAAAGUUUCAUACAAUCUAUUAGACGAGAGAUAGAACUCUAAGUGGAAAAAUAAAGGCUGGUUCUAGCCCUAGAUGACAGUAUGGGGGCUAGGUCCUUCCCAGAGGUGUCCUCUGCCCUCUGAAAUGACUCCCUCAUGUCUAAGGCGGUAGAGACACCACUGAGAAGUCCCUCUGGCACUUGUAAGUUCUUUGAGGCUUGGCUUUCUUCUCCCAGCUGAGCUUCAGAAGGGAGAGCUUGCCCAGUGAAAUCUGAGUGAUUACCUCACUGCCGAAAACCCAGAGGGCCGUGGCAAGCUCACGUGUGCCGGACACCUCUAAAUACAUCACCUCCUUUCUCGCUUGCUUUCCUUGCCUAGUGAUCGAAGCAGCCUAUGAUACCAACACAGGGUGCACCCUUCCUCACUCCUCACUCCUCGGAACUGGGGACCACCUCACUGUGGGGGGGGGGGCGGGGAGGUGAGGGGCACUUCUAAAUGCCUGCUCUUCUUAAGCCAUUCCAGCCUCUUCCUCAGAAUAGACCAGACACCCUUGCGCUGAGCUCAGCGCCGGCCUUUACCUUCCCGGCCCUGCCGUCAGGUCUGCGGUCCGCUUUCCUCCGAGACGGAGGGAGGGGGGCCCCCCCGAUGGAACUGGCCUUUGGUUCAUGUCUUCUCCCCAUAUGUGAAUGUGCCGUGUGUAUGUGCCAACAAACCUCGCUCUGUUCUUUUCAAAUCAGCACGCAGAUAGGAAUUUUGAGUUUCUUUCUUUCUUUCUUUUUUUAAGUAACUAGUAUAACAAGCACUGGUAUUUUUGUAUAAAAGGGAAAAACAAGACAAAAGAUUGGCCUUUGUGGUCUGCAUGACUUAACAAACAAAUGAUGACAUCAAAGCAAUGCGUACCCCAGUGUGUGUUGCCAUAAUUUGCAGUUCAGGCAAACAGGGCGCCCCACCUGCAUUUGCAUUUUGAUAUUAUUUAAGCUCUCUGUAUAAUGUUUUGCAUGUAGUUAUAUGAUUCUUAGGAAAAAAAUAUGCUAUAAAUUGGCAAAUCUGAAAUUCAAAUAUGUUGUUCCACUGAGACGGGAAAAAUAGAAGGGGAGUUUUAAAAGAAAAGGGGAAAAAAAAGAUACAUUUUUUGGAACCAAUAAAGCUGUUGCUGAUGAGCAAAAACAA